AUGGCGAGUGGCUGGUGCCUAUUGGGCAGUGUCAGAAACAGCAGUGGCAUCAUCUUCGACCGGAUCAGCAGUAUCAGCAUCCUGAAGAGCGGCUGGGUCGUUGUCAUGAUGGACUUCAACAGUUCUGUUAUUUUUGAUUGUGUGUUUUGUUUUCAGACUGUCCAAGUAAUUGUCCAGGCUCGACUUGGUGAAAAGAUUUGCACCCGUUCAUCUUCUUCCCCAACGGGUUCUGAUUGGGUAAAUUCCUAUUCUUUGCUAAUGGCUGUGUAUACUGUGGUGUCUGUCAAAAGGAAUGAAUAUAAAAUGUUCUACUGCUGUAUAAGGCAUACUGCCGGAGACUCCAUGGAGUUGGAAAUUUGGUGUCUUGAAAUGAAUGAAAAGUGUGACAAAGAAAUCAAAGUUUCCUAUACUGUAUACAACAGACUGUCACUGCUGCUGAAGUCUCUUCUUGCUAUAACAAGGGUGACACCAGCCUACAGACUCUCGAGAAAACAAGGGCAUGAAUAUGUAAUAUUGUACAGGAUUUAUUUUGGGGAAGUUCAACUGAAUGGUUUAGGAGAAGGUAUGUAUGUAUUCAGGCCAGAAACAUUUGUAGUGUUAAGAGCUAAUUUCAAAGAUGAGCCCAGCUGCUACUUGGAUAUAAACUUCUUGACAUAUAUCCCGGCUUUUCCUAAGCCCUGUUGGUGUACUUUCUUAAGUUGGCUACCGUCAUCAUCAAUUCACUGUUCUCUCCUCCUCCACUCUAGAACUGGUGAGGAUGCUGGAGUCACAUACCCGUCAGUGGAAGACUCUCAGGAAGUCUGUACCACCUCUUUUUCCACCUCCCCUCCCUCCCAGUGUGUGUUUACUGUCACAAAGGCACAUUCUCAGACCCCUCCUCCUGUGCUGACGGACACUCUGAGGGUCCCCGUGGCAGGACUGGCCUUUUCCCAUCAACUCUCAAGCUCUCGCCUUUCCUAUCAGCCUACUGUCCUGGGCCUUGGAUCGGCUGACCUGGCUUAUCCAGUAGUGUUUACUGCUGGCUUAAACACUACAUACGCUCACCAGCUGAUGGUUCCUGGAAAGGAAGGUGGGGUACCUCUUGCUCCCAGCCAGCCUGCUCAUGGCACCCAGGCUGAUCAGGAGAGACCGGUGACUCACACACCUUCUGAGGGAACCCACUGUGCUGCCACGCCAUCUAGCAGUGAGGACACUGAGACUGUAUCUAACAGCAGUGAGGGACGGGCCUCACCCCACGAUGUCUUGGAGACUGUCUUUGUCCGAAAAGUGGGAGCAUUUGUCAACAAACCCAUCAACCAGGUGGCCCUGACAAGUUUGGACAUACCCUUUGCCAUGUUUGCUCCCAAGAAUUUGGAGCUGGAGGAUGCUGAUCCUAUGGUGAAUCCCCCGGACUCCCCAGAGACCACGUCUCCUCUCCACGGCAGCCUGCACUCUGAUGGCUCCAGCGGGGGCAGCAGUGGCAAUCCACAUGACGACUUUGUUGUGCUUGACUUUAAACCUGCUUUUUCUAAAGAUGACAUUCUUCCGAUGGACUUGGGGACCUUUUACCGUGAAUUUCAGAAUCCCCCUCAGCUGAGCAGCCUCUCCAUAGAUAUUGGAGCCCAGUCUAUGGCGGAAGACUUGGAUUCUUUACCAGAGAAACUGGCUGUGCAUGAGAAGAAUGUCCGAGAAUUUGAUGCCUUUGUUGAAACCCUGCAGUAAAAGUGUCCCGAGUAUCCGCAGCAUCCCCCUUCCUGUGGACCCAGCAAAGAGCCUCCUCAUCCUCAGCAGCUCCCUGAAAGCAGGGUGGUUCCCUAUGGGAUGUAGAAGCUCCCGCUCUUGGACCUCCUGGAGACUCAUGGCAGCAAUCAGACCCAGUGCCAGACUUUGGGAGGACUCUGGCUAUACCAGAAGAGCUCAGCAGGAACCAUCCUCAGCUGCCUCACAGAGGGUGUCACCCUUUCCUGCUGCCAGCCCUGGCCUGGUCUACUCUGCAGCUCCCCUGCCUACUUGUCCUUCCAUCAGCCACUUGACAUUCCAGCUGGUGGCGGGAACACUGGGCAAGACCAAGUGGGGCAAAGGAGGGCUCUGUGUCACCAGUAGUUACUGGGCCACCCCACUCUCCCUUCCUUUCCCUCCAUCUUUCCUCAUGACAGUCACAGCAAAGCUCUUUCCUUCUCACCCUCCCUCAAUUGCUGCUGCUUGGAUAUAGGACAUGGUAAAUAUUUAUUACUUUCAGAGAAACCAGAUAUUUUAUAGAAAAAUAUGUUUGGGUUAGCAGUGUCACUGGGGAAGGAGUGGAGGCCUCCUGAGAAGAUUCCUCAGAACCUGCUGUUGAUCUAAAGAAAGAUGAGGGAUGGGGCUGCAGAGAAACCCCUCAAGCUGUGUGGAGCUGCAUUCCUUUGCACACGGUGCACCUACUGAGCAUCUUUCUGACAGAGCAUCUGCACAGUGACUGGCUCUAUUCUAGGCCCCAGGAAACCUCGGGUGUGUUUAAUGUGAUGACUCACUCGAGACACAUGGUGCCCCAGGGAGCAGUGUGUGUCCUGCUGCACAAGUCCCCGAGACUAGAGCAGGAGUGGGGAGCUAUUCCUCCCUCCAAUUCCAGAGUCUGUAUAUGGCCCUGGGUUUACAAGCUGGAUUGGUUCCUUUUUGAGCUUAUGGUUGACUUAAACUUCCAGGUAUUGUUGCUUAAGUCAAGUGCCUCUGCCAGCCUGCCUGCUCCUCUGAUCCCUGUAGUCGCUGGCAGCAGCUGUUACUCAUUGGAGCAGGUGGCUCACAACUGCUUAUUAGUAAUCUGCAUGUAAUACUGGAGACUUUGACCUGUGCAUGCUUCUGCUGCCACAGAGAAAUGUGCCCAGCCGUGGUGGCCAGAUGGCACUGCAGCCUUUGGAUCAGGCACAUUCAUGGCCUACUGAACCCGAUUUGCCCCCACAGCCAGCACCGAGUAGGGGUGAGGGCAUGGGUCUUGGCAGCUCAGCCAGUGGCCUUUGUGUCUCAGACCUAUCAGGGUAGAGGCCAGGGAAGCUGAGCAGAGCAUCCUUCAAGGUUGCCUGUGCUCUUCAGCCCUGCACAAAGGGAACCAACUCCUGCAGCCACGCUUAGGCUGGGACCAGGUGGCUAUGAGGCCCCUUCUCCAGUGCUUUGUUGGGAAAUGAGAGCUACACUUGGAAAUAUAAUCAAGAGGUUUCCAAUAAAAGUUUUCUGUA